AUGGCAGCCUCGACGGAAGGCGCGUUGUGCUCACCUCAAGUUCGAUCGCCUUCGGUGACUGCACUUUUCAUGGGGCCUCCAACUUGCGCCAAGGCAUCUCCAAGAUCGCCAGCAACGCAGGCGUCGACACCGCUUCGAUCCAAGCCCUCCAAACUGUCGCACCUGCCGCCAACACCAUGCGUCGAUGUCAUCUGCUGCGAUGCCGACUAUUCGGUCAUGCCUGUUCAUUGCACUGGAUCCGACUGCCUGGACUGUCCAGCAUCAGCACCUGCUUCGCCCUGCUCUGACAUCCAUCACAUCUCCAGCGCUUGCACCGAGCCCACCUGUGCAGCGGCCACUUCGUCUACUAGUGCCGUCGUCUGCUCCACCGCUGUCGCCUGCUGUGAUGGCAACACUUGUCCUGAUGUGCCCAGCUCGCCAUGCUCGCAAGCGCAUUGCUCAGCAUCGUCGAUGACUCUUGCUCUACCGACCAUCGCGGCGACUUGCUGCACUGAUGAAGCGUGCGACCAGUCCGAGCUUUCACCCAGGCUCAAAGCGAAAGUUGCGACCAUUUGUGAUUGUGUGGUACCGCCAACGUCACACACAGACUCGCAAGCACAUGCAAAAGCACAUUCUCAUCGCUCACAGCACAACGAGUGCCGCCAGUGUAGUGGCUCUAUCACCUCGGUCAAUGCAGCAGAGGGAGGUCAGCUGUACAGUAGCUUCCAGGAGCUGUUGGACUUGUGUUGUUGCUCUAUGCCGCCGACGGUAGAACAGUGCUGCAUGGGCGGGCAAGGAUCGACGGCUUAUGCUUGCAAUACUGGUGCACCACAUCCUUUGCCAGCUGAACAGCAGCAGCUCAGUCCUGCUGCGCACUCUUCCCAUCAGCAUCAUAUCCAGCACCAGCACGGUUCAUCUCUCCAACCACACUAUCACCAGCAUCACCAGCAUCACUCGCACCACACACAGCCACCGCUAUCCGACACACCAUCGUCAAGCAUCAUCACCAGCGGCGGUCAUUAUCGAGACGACCCCCACUCCCGUGCCUCUACUGUAUCUACCAUUGCCACACCUCAGCCUGGCAUUGCAUCGCCUGCAACUUCCUCUUUCUCGUGGUCUUCUGCUGUUAUGCAUUCAACGUCGAGUCAGAGCAAGGAUAAGUAUCAUAGCAGUGACACUUCUUCAUUCGAUCCAUCGGGCGCAGUGUCGUUCAAAGACAUCUUUCCAGGGCUACAGUCUUGGAAUGAUUGCAUGUUCGAACAGCCCCAUUUGCAUAGUAGUCAUCGUGGGUGUUUGCCGCCUGCCAUGACGCUCUGUAAUUCGGAGAUCUGUGAGACGAGCGCUCCGCAUUCGCAUUGGAUGCCUAGCUCAUAUACGCAUCAGACAAAUGCGGUGCAGUCCACUUUGAACCAUCACAACGGUCACAACGGUCAACAGGGAGAUGCAAGACCACAACAGUGUCAGUGGGGUGGCUGCAACCAAAGGUUCUGGACUGUUGAGGAGCUCGUUGCUCACGUCAAUCACUCGCAUCUCGCGCGCAAAAACGCUGCCACAGCGGCUGCGGAAACAGUGGACACCCCGGCAGAGAAGUCUUUCCUACAAGAAACGGAACACGAAUCAAUGCAGUUGCAGCACAUGCCUACCGGUUUGCAGCAGGGCACAACAGAAGCUAGUAAUAGCUUGGAGUGUCUCUGGAAAGACUGUCAUCAAGUCCCUCUGCCCGAAAAGUUGGUGUUGGAUGCGAUCUUAACUCCAACAACUGCGCCCGAGGUAUGGAAGCACGACGGUGCAGGCGUUCAAGGUCAGAACGAUAAGAUCUCACUUGCUAUCCUGCAGCAUCUUUUGCACGAUCAUCUGGGGCAACAUUUUACCAGACCAUUCUUGCUCAAGUCUGGUAAUCAGCAUCUUAACGCACGCACAUCCUCAGCUUACCAUAGUAGCGCAGUAACGCUUGUUUCUCCUUCAACGGAAACCAUCCCCUCCUGGACCAGCAAGAAGCGGAAGAACAGCGAAGCAACCAGCACCACCACCAGCACCACCACCACCACCUCCUCCUCCUCCGCCACCGAACCUCUCUUUUGCAGAUGGGAAAACUGUUCCUCCUCAUUCGACUCUUAUUCUGCGCUCACAGGGCACAUCGAAAGCGCACAUGUUGGAUGCGGUAAAGGCGAAUAUGAAUGUCGUUGGCUUGGCUGUGCUCGUCAUGCCUCGGGACAAAAAUUCAGCCAAAAACAGAAGGUGUUGCGACACAUUCAGACGCAUACUGGCGAUCGACCUUUCAAGUGCGCAGAAUGUGGGAAGAGAUUCUCGGAACAAAAUACCCUGGCGCAACACAUGCGAACACACACACUGGAAAAACCAUAUGUCUGCGAUCAUCCAGGUUGCGGAAAAGGUUUUAGUGUAGCAGGAUCAUUGACAAUCCACAAAAGGAUGCAUACAGGUAGUAAACCCUUCCUGUGUAGUUUCCCAGGGUGUGGAAAGGCGUUUGCGGAAAGUAGCAAUUUGACGAAACAUGCAAGGAUCCAUACGGGAGAUAAACCGUUCCACUGCCCACAGUGUGGUAAGAGGUUUAGUAGGCCCGAUCAAGUGCGUAGGCAUAGUAAGUGUCAUGAGAGGAAAAGCGCGGGUGUGAGUUGA